AUGGUGUCCAACAAGGACAUUGAUGGCAACCACAAACUAAUCCAGCCAUACAGAAUUGUCAUUUAUGGUGGUUUAGAUGGUUUUUUAAGAAUGAUAGUAUUCCUUCAGGCAUCAACCAACAACAGGGCUUCAACUGCAUUGCAGCAUUUCCAGUCAGCUGUUGAGCACUACAAUUUACCAUCAAGAGUUCGCAGUGAUCUUGGAAUGGAAAACAUAGAAGUUGCUUGCUUCAUGCUGCAAGAAAGAGGUUUAAGUAGAGGCAGCCACCUCACUGGAAAAUCUGUUCAUAACCAAAGAAGAGAGCAUCUCUGGUGUGAUGUCAACCGGGUCAUCGUGAGCUGCUUUUUGAACAAUUUUCUCUUUCUUGAGCACAGUGGAAUUUUAGAUCCAACAGAUGAGGUGCAUCUGUUUUGUAUUCAUCUAGUCUACAUUCCACUGAUUAAUAAUGUAAGCACACAAUGCAAUUUCUCUCCCAAUCAGCUCUGGAUACAAGGAAUGCUACAUUUCUGA